CACUCAUGGCGGGUCGCUGGAGAGUAUAUAAGACCGGCGCCGACCUCAGAUACCCGUCAGUUCACGCAACACUCCAGCCAACCAGAAUGAUGAAGUUCGUCGCCUCCGUCUUGUGCCUCGCCGCCGCCGCCUCCGCCAGGAUGGCCUACCAGUUCUCCGACGGCUACCUGGAAGUGCUGGGCGCUGAACCUGCACGAUCGUUCGAGUGCGCCGGCCGCAACUACGGCUACUACGCGGACGUGCCCACCGACUGCCGGGUAUUCCACGUGUGUCUGCCCAUCUCUGACGACCUGGGCGAGGUGGUCGAGACCGCCCAGUUCUCCUUCUUCUGCGGCAACCAGACGGUGUUCAGUCAGGAGUCCCUCACCUGCUCCCACCCUCUGGAGGCCUUCCCCUGCGAACAGGCCGAGACCCUCUACGACCUCUCCAACGCCGACUUCGGCAAGAUCCCCGAAGAAAACCAAAACCAAUAACACACACACACACACAUCUUCCCUCCAACACCAACACUGUGGCACCAAUUCUCGAUAUCUGUGAUAUCUACAUAACCGAUAACAAUGGGUCUAGGCCGGUAGGAAUAAAAUAGCUUUUUACGUCA